GCGGGCGCGGGGCAGCCUUCGCUGGGGCGCCCGGGGCCGGGGUGCACCCCUGCCUGCACCCUGCCCGCCGCCUGCCCGCCGGGAGCCCGGAGCGAUGGCGAGGGGGCAGCUGUCGGGGGGCGCCUGGGGAGCCCUGGUGCUGCUGGGGCUGAUGCUGCCGGCGGCACCGGCGGGCGCUUGGUACAAGCACGUCGCCAGCCCGCGGUACCACACGGUGGGGCGCGCCUCGGGGCUACUCAUGGGCGUCCGCCGCUCCCCCUACCUCUGGCGCCGGGAGCUGCCGGCCGAGCCCCCCCGCCGCCCCGGGGGAGCCGCCCCCGCCGCCGCCCCGCCGCCCCCUGGCCGCCCCGACGGGGAGACCCCGCCGCCCGCCCCGCCGCCGCCGGCUGGUCCCGUCCGCCUCCUGCAGCGCCUGCUCCGGCGGGGCUGGGGAUGGGGGGGUCCCCGCCCGGCCCCCGCCCGGCCGCCUCCCGGCCCCCGCGGAGCUCAGCUUCUCCCGCUUGAAGAUGUGGCUCUGUUCCGCUGAAGGGGCCCCGCAGAGAUGCUUCAAGCGCCGGAGGAGCAUUGACUGCCCGAGGUGGAAACCGUUCACCCUAGCUGGCGAGGAAGAGUCUCAUCGGCGGAUUUCCUGGUACUCUGACCUCUCUGAAACCAUAUAGACAAUUGCAUUCCAAAAAAUCUGAUUUUUCAUGGCCGCUGUCCAGGCGCAGUGGUAAAUUCAUCUUGUUUUCAGGUCAACCUAGUGCUAUGAACUUGGGGAGAAAUAAACAGGGAAGAUAUUUAUUUUUGUUUAUUUUUUUUAGA